CGUGAAUAUUAUAAAAUCAAGAACUUUCAUGACAUAAUAGACAUUUAUACAAACUUUGCGUAUCAAAGAAUGAAUUCAUUUUCAAAUUUUACUGCCUUAGCAUACGAAACAGCACACCGGAAAGCUGAUUUACCAAAAUGGCGGACGACCAAGAGCAGCAAGUACCUGCGCAGACAGUGGAAGAACCACUGGAUCUCAUUCGACUCAGCCUGGAUGAACGUAUUUAUGUGAAGAUGAGAAAUGACAGAGAGUUGCGAGGCAGAUUGCAUGCUUAUGAUCAGCAUUUGAAUAUGAUCAUGGGAGAAGUUGAGGAAACAGUCACAACUGUAGAGAUUGAUGAGGAAACAUAUGAAGAAAUCUACAAGUCAACAAAGAGGAACAUCCCCAUGCUGUUUGUACGAGGAGACGGCGUCAUUCUUGUUUCCCCACCCAUGAGAACAGGGACAUGAGUUGGAGGUCUUCACCCAUUUCCCAUCAUCAAUCAUUUUAAUAAUACUGUGACUAACUUGUGAAGGACACUUGAAGAUAGAGUGCAAUCUCAACUCAAUUUCUGGUCCAAGGGAAGUAACUAUCAGCUUGGGUCAUGAGGCUGAUAUUGGACAUAAGUUUGAUACACAAAAUCUCAUUGUAUGACCAUCAUGUUGGUUAUGUUCAUGAAGAAUAAAACAAUUCAUUUGUA